ACCAAGAGAUGCAAUAAAAAAAUGUUUAUAAAAGUCACUCUGGAAGUGCAUGAUUUCUGACAUGGCAUAAUUUCUUGAUAGGCUGUGUUUGGAAACGUCCCCGAGUACUCUUGGGUAUCAUUCUAUCCUUAUCUCAUAUUCAACGAACAACAAUGAUAGAAUGAUACCCGAGAGCACAAGACUCAGCUGAUGUUUCGACGUAGCCAUAAGUAGAGAAAAAAAGCUCAUUCUUUUAUCUUUUAUCAACCAAGAACACGUGCCUAUAUGCGCAUGCGCACGUGAGUAUCGCGCGUGACUUUUAAUCUAUAAAAACCGGAGCAAUUUCUUUUUUGUCAUUUGCAAUUUAUAGUUUCGGCAGAGGAAAUAUCCGACGAUUGAUCGUGAUUCUGUCCGAUAAUUGAUAAACAGCUGAUAACUCUAUCUUCGUCAAUGCUGAUAAAUAGGUGCAAAUGUUUUCUCGGAAGAAAUACAAACUGAGGAGCUGAAGAGUCUCUUUGCUCGUCUUCAUCAGAUCAGUUGAAAUUCGAACGAGAUGCUGCGACACUUUACGCUCACGCAGCGACGCGCGGACCUAUUGCAGUGCUCGGCGAUUAGGUUCGCGAAUUCCUCCAGGAGGAAGAGUUCAGAAAUAAAAAACGAUGACGACAGAAAGAAAUAUCAAGAAUUUGUUGAUACUAUUUCCCCAAAGGAAAAAAUGCUGAAGAGUUUCAAACGAGAUUGGAAGAUGCUGAAACGCGUAUUCUCACCCAACAGAGAAUUCUCCGAUUUUCAAGCAUUGUUGAGGGGACCCAACGUAAUUCCUACUCAAUGUGAUGUGCUUAUUAUUGGCGGUGGUGCGAUUGGUAGCUCGAUAGCAUAUUGGCUGAAGCAGAAGGUCUAUAAUAAAGAAUUUAACGUUGUUGUAAUUGAAAAAGAUCCUACGUAUACCAAGGCAUCCACAACUCUUUCAGUGGGUGGCCUUCGUCAACAGUUUUCUCUUGAGGAAAACAUUCAAAUGUCAUUGUACGGCGCAGAAUUUUUGCGAAAUAUCAACGAUCAUCUAAGUAUCCCUGGGGAGCCGCCCAUCGACGUGAAUUUUCAUCCCUAUGGUUACUUAAUAUUAGCAACCGAGGCAGGUGCCGAGACAUUAAUACAGAGUUCUAAGCUUCAAAAUUCUCUUGGAGCAAAAAAUGUCAUUCUCACUACGGAGAAACUAAAAACUACGUUUCCUUGGUUAAAUACCGACGGGAUCGCAGCAGGUUGUCUCGGGCUGGAAAAGGAAGGAUGGUUUGAUCCAUGGUCCCUCUUGUGUGCCUUAAAGAGAAAAGCAAGUUAUUUAGGUGCUCAAUACAUUAAUGCCGAAGUCAAGGCUUUUCAGUAUAGGAUUCUUUCAGGAGCUUACGACCAAGACUUGAAUCCUGCUAAAAAAUUAGAUAAAGUAGUUAUAAAAACGGACGAUGGUGAAAUUAGAACAAUACAGUUUUCCCGAGCUGUUAUUGCUGCAGGUGCGUUCAGUGGUGACGUAGCCGAAUUGGCUGAUAUUGGAACAGGCGAAGGAUUAUUAUCUAUACCUUUACCAGUUGUACCUAGGAAGAGAUAUGUAUAUUGUUUUCAUUGUCCUGAUGGACCUGGUUUAAAUACACCUUUAAUGAUUGAUCCUAGCGGCACAUAUUUCAGACGAGAUGGUCUGGGAGGAAGUUAUAUCUGUGGAAAAUCACCAGAACCGGAUGAAGAACCGUCAGUUGAGAAUUUAGAUGUUGAUCAUGAAUUUUUCGAUAAUAAAGUGUGGCCUUUGCUCGCUCAUAGAGUACCAGGAUUUGAGAAUUUAAAGGUGAAAUCUUCGUGGGCUGGAUACUACGAAUACAAUACUUUCGAUGAAAACGGUAUUAUCGGCCAGCAUCCUUACCAUAAUCAUAUAUACAUAGCAACUGGUUUUAGCGGACAUGGUAUUCAGAAGGCGCCAGCGGUGGGACGGGCGAUCUCAGAGUUGCUUUUUUAUGGAAAUCGUUAUAUAACUAUAGAUUUAUCUAAAUUAGGUUUUGACAGAUUCUUAAAGUCAGAACCCAUGAGAGAAGCUAACGUCUUUUAGGCAAUAAAAAUCUCAUAUUUAAUUGUAUCAUGUAUCAUAUAAAUUUGUAAAUUAUAAAAAAUUUAAAAACAUCUUUUUAAUGAUAAAAAUAUCUAAGUUUUAUUAAAACACAUUACAAUUUUUAUAAUAGUAAUCUUACAAUUUAAUUUACAAUGAUAACAUAAACUGUACAUACAAAAUUCAAUAUGUUUAACUUAAAAGUGUGCUUCAUCCUUCACAGAUAAAAUUUGAUUCAUGUAUGUUGCAGCCUCAUCUUCGCCAAUAUCUUGUAGUAUAUUUCGCAAUUCACUAAGAGAUGUAUCGGUUUGUAUCUGCAGAGAAAUAAAAGGCACGAAGUUUAAUAAUUUAUUUCGAGAAGAAUGUAAAUUCAAAAGAACGUAAAUUAACAUGCAAAAUACUUAGAUGAGAAAAUUAAAAGCUUACAGCAAUGUAAUUCAAAAGUAACAAUGUCGAACUGGAGCUCUGUUCGAAGAUCUCGAAUAGAUAUUUGAAGUUGAAA